GUCGCGUAGCGCGUUUGCCGCGAUUUGUUCGUCUGUUCUGUUUUUUCUUAAGUUUCAAACAGUUUAGGUUGGCUGAAUAAUCGGUAGCUUCAAAGAUAGAGAGAGCAUGACAGUUUAGAAACAAAACAAUAAAAACAAAAUGGCACCCCAAGAGCGAACCGAUUGCUGUGACAAUUCCCGCCAAAAUGGAACCAUAGACAACCUAUCGAAUAUAGAUCUUAGUGGCAGCUUUGUAAAUAAAGCAUACUCGAAUGACGGCUCUGAAAGUGUUGCUAGUACAAAAAGAGUCACAGAUGAUAUUAAAAUAGUAGAGAAAAGAAAAAAAGCAGCGGAUUUUGAUGACCUAUUGCCCUACGUGGGAGAAUUUGGACUUUAUCAGAAAAUUUUGUUCCUGCUUAUGAUACCGUUCGCGUUUUUUGUCGCAUUUGUUUAUUUCUCGCAAAUAUUCAUGACUAUUGUGCCCGAACAGCAUUGGUGUUGGAUUCCAGAGCUUGCGAAUAUGACGGUCGAAGAAAGGCGUGCAUUGGCAAUCCCACCAAAGUCCGAUGGCCCAUACCCUCACGACAGAUGUCACAUGUACUCGGCAAACUGGACCCUGGCUCUCGCCCAGGGCAGGACCACGCCUGAUGAUGAGUGGAAGAUCAUACCCUGCAGCAAUGGAUGGGAGUAUAAUAGAUCUGAUGUGCCUUACGAGACAAUAGCUUCUCAGCUAGACUGGGUGUGUGACAGAGACAACCUAGCCGCAACGGCUCAGGCUAUCUUCUUCUGCGGUGCGAUCGUGGGUGGUCUCAUAUUUGGCUGGAUAGCUGAUAAGUAUGGCAGAAUACCUGCCUUAGUCGGAACAAACAUGAUGGGAUUCGCCGCCGGCGUGGGAACAGCAUUUUGCGACAGUUUCGUUUCGUUCGCGAUUUGUCGUUUCUUUGUUGGUUUUGCUUUCGAUAACUGUUUCACAAUGAUGUAUAUAUUAGUUUUAGAGUACGUGGGCCCAAAAUGGCGUACAUUCGUGGCUAACAUGUCUAUUGCGAUAUUCUUCACUCUGGGAGCAUCUUUACUGCCGUGGAUAGCUCUAUGGGCGGCAGAUUGGAGGAAAUACGCGCUUGGGAUAAGUCUGCCUUUUAUUUUUGCCGCGGCGACGCCUUGGUUGGUUCCAGAAAGUGCUAGAUGGCUGCUGUCUCAAGGUAAAACAGACAAAGCACUGAUUAUAAUGAAGAAGUUCGAAAGAAUCAACAAGACACACAUUCCGGAUAAAGUCCUGAGCGAGUUUACUGAGGCAACCCAAAAAUCUUUCGAGGAGUCCAAAGCCGAUAAAAGAACGUAUUCAGUGUUCGACAUCUUCAGAACGCCAAGGUUACGGAAAAAUGCUCUUCUCUUGAUCGUGAUAUGGAUGGCGAUAUCCCUGGUCUUCGAUGGUCACGUGAGGAAUGUGGGAUCAUUGGGUCUGGAUAUAUUCCUGACCUUUACUGUAGCUACAGCGACUGAGUUCCCCGCCGACACGUUUUUGACUGUAGUUUUGGACAGAUGGGGCCGAAGAUGGCUGGCGUGUGGCUCGAUGGUCAUCAGUGGGCUGUUCAGUUUGUUGGCGACCGCUGUUCCUGUUGGUGGACCAUCAGCAUCCUUGGCCAUCCUAGGUCGGUUUGCCGUCAAUAUAUCAUACAACAUAGGUCUUCAGUAUGCUGCAGAGCUUCUGCCAACAGUCGUUAGGGCCCAGGGCGUGGCUCUCAUCCACAUCAUGGGGUAUGUGGCGUCAAUACUGGCCCCGUUCGUGGUAUAUUUGGCAAACAUCUCCCCUGAGCUGCCACUUCUGAUUCUUGGAGUUCUCGGUAUAGUUGGUGGAGUACUCUGUCUGCUUCUACCGGAAACGAUGGACACAGAAAUGCCGCAGACCCUGGCGGAUGGGGAAGACUUCGGAAAGGACCAGAGAUUUUGGGAUAACCCUUGCUUUCCAAGGAAAAAAGAUAGUAUAGAAAAACCAGUCCAAGACUCAUCAGAAACCUUCGUGCGAGCGCUCCCAGGUCUAAUCGGCUCCAGAGCGUCAGUGAGAGCGUCAGUCAGACUCUCCAACAGGAGUAGAAGAAGAGAAGCUGUUUAGUAAUAUUAAUAUUAGUUCUUCCCUAAUAUGUAUUGGUUUUUUCUUACAUAAGAGGGGGCAAAUGGGCAAGAGGCUUACGUGAUGAUGAAGUGGUGAAGGAACCGCCAUGGAUAUUCGCAACAGCCAGUAAUUGAUUUCACAAAGUUUCUUGAAAAUGCAGUGGCUUGAGUUGCUGUCUUGCCUUACUGAGUACACCAAGCUUUUUAGAAGCCUUUUUGGCAUUAUCUUUCAAGUGAUGGUCAACUCGUAGCCAGAGAACGGAUCGAUAACAGAUAUCCUCCCUGACGUAAACGCACACAACAGCCCGUGGUGCAAAAUAGUGUUCCAGCUUAUUAUACCCCGGAUAGGAGAAGUAAGAUGUAGCCAGAUCAGCCAGAGAGGAUCUCUGUGUCUUUGUCAAAAAGAGCAGGGCAUGCUUCUUUGUCUUCGGAUAGUAGAGGACGGCAUUUAAACUAGAUCGAACACAGCGAACUUGAAGGAGGAUGGUUUGAGCCUCUUUCACCAUUUGCUCCGAGUCAGUAUAGUUUUGCCCCCUCCAAGAUAACGUGUAGUAGCCGGGCUUCCACCAUUAGGUACAUGUCCUAAUUGUGAACGUCCAGGAACUGAUCCCCAGGACUGCUUAGUCUGGAACCAUCCUGGAGUAGUUAGGCCUCAAGCCUACAGACAGAACGAAAAUCAAAGGCAAAGUCAGUUUUUUACGUCGGUUUUAAGUGGCAGAGUGGUAAAUGUCCGAGCGUGCCGGCUUAAUUCGUUUGUGUCCCUUAGGACGCAAUAUGGCACCUCCACUCGUAAAAUAAUAACUCGUGAUUAUAUUGUAUAUGUCGCGGGGAUAUGAUAAAAACAGUGAUUUGGUCAAAUAUCGGAGGAUGUUAAAAUAACAACACUGUUUUAUCAUUUCUCGAAACAAAUAUAGUGAUAUGACCAAAUGCCAGAGUUGGUUACGUAAAAUGUCAAAAAGUCUUUUCUUUGGUAUUUACAAGGUUUAUUUGGUAAGACUUAGACAUAGUUUGGUAAGAAUUAAGUAUCGUGUCGCAGGUGGAAAGGGGUGAGAGGAUAAGGGGAGAAAGGGUGAAAAGGUAACGCGCCAUCCUCUUGAAAAUCAAAUUAAUGUAACCUAACCUUAAAACAGAUAAAAGUUUCUCUAAAGGCCAAGUAGAAGCCCAUAUUAUUAAAAAACCACGAAAGGGGUUUCCACAUAACCUGUCCGGGUCGAGGUAUCUCUGAAGCUCGCUUUUACAUCCUAAGUUCUUCUAAUCGCGUCACUCAUUGUCAUUUCAUGGAACCGACCCUGGCAUUUGAUCAAAUCACUAGAUUUGUUUAGAGAAAUGAUAAAAUCGUGUUGUUCUCUAAAUAUACUCCGUGAUUUGAUCAAAUCACUUAGGGAAUUGACCCAAUCUCUGUUAUUAUCAUUUCUCUGCGACAUAUACAUGAAUAUUCACAAAUAACUGGAAAUAUCAUAUCAGAUAUAAAUUGUAAGAUAUAGGCGUUAAAUCAAAUUUGAUAAAACUUGCCUAUUGCAGGCAUUUGAGUCAACUCUUUCUAAGACAAGAAAACUGUAUACCUAUAUAAAUUGAGAGAUAUUUCUUUAAUAAUCUAUUUAUCCUUUACUUCGACAAAUUUUCGUAAGCCAAAAGAAAGACUCAGAAUUUUUUAUAGUUGUAAGCGUUUGGGUGAACUCUUUCUAAUAAUUUUUCAAAUAAUAACUUUAUGAUAUGUUCCUGGCGCUGCAAUGGCGACAUUAAUUAAACACACGGGUAGAACUCCUUAGGCACCGUAAUCAUUAAACAAUAUAUUAAUAAAAUACAUAAUUCACCUAAAUAAAUCAAUUUUCCAUAAUAUCAUUUUGGAACAUCCUGUAAGAAAUCUAGUAGACGCGCGCUAGUGUAGGCACUGACACAAACUUCAUACCGUCUUAUGCGACCACGUUAGAGUGAUGAAAAUGUUGUGUCCUAAAUAUAUGAUUUCUUUGUUUGAAAAUUUGAAAAUUUCAAUUAAUCACUUUAAAUUUUAUAUUUUUUUUUUUACGAAUAAGGUUAGAUAGCUCUAUCUGUGUGUUCAUUUAAUGUCAUCAUUUUGGGGCUACGCUGUGUAGUAAAUUCACUAUAUAUCAUAAAUUUUAUAGAUGUUAAUCCAUAUUAUGUGACAGUAUUAUAACACAAAAUAAAUGGUUUUAAUAAUAAAUA